AAAAGUCGCAUCUAUUGGUUCUCGACUUGGCUAAGAGCGCUAAAUUAACCUUAAACUACAUUUUUUUGAUAAUUCAAUGUUUAUGGCCGAAGACACCGAUUCCAGCAAAACUGGAAGUCCGCCUUCUGAUAAAACACCACCUGACACAUUAGAAGACAAACAAAUGACUGUCUCAAAUGAGGCGGACAAAACAAAUGAAGCGGAUAAAAAUGACAAGAAAACAAUUGAACAACAAAGCACCAACUGCUAUUGUGGUAAGGAACGAAACCUCAACAUUGUGGAAUUGUUGUGUGCUAAUUGCAAUAGGUGGUUCCAUGAAUCCUGCAUUGGUUACCAACUCGGAAAACUGGUACAAUUCUUGACAAAUUACAUAUUCCUUUGCAAAAAUUGUUCACCAACUGGUUUGGAGAGCUUCAAAAAAAGUCAAGCACAGAUUUCACAAAUGUGUGUAACAGCAAUAGCAAACUUACAACAGGCCAGUUUAAAAGAUGGCACAGUGAAAACCAUGUUCAACAGGGAAAAAGAAAUUGUGCCGUACAUAGACUAUCAUUGGGAAGCACUCACAACAACUUCUAGAAGAGUGACGCAAUCAUGGCAUGUGACGGUGACUAAGGCCUUAAUAAAGGAUAUACACUUGUUGUUUGUGUUUGAGGAUCAUCCUACUGAAGGGCAACUUUAUGGAUUAAUCAACACAGAUUUGACUCAGAUCAAGCCAAAUUAUGAGGCUAUGAUCAGAAGUGGAACAUUGAAAAUGACUGAUAUGGGCAUUCAACAUGUUCCAGUGGCUGGAGGAGUUAAGUCCAGGAAUGCGAAAAGGAAAUUUCCAGGCGAUUUGGGUGGUCAGGGCAAGAAGGGCAGAGGUGUAGACCUUGGCGUUCCUAAACUACCCUCCCACGGCUACCCGCUCGACCAUCCGUUUAACAAAGAUGGGUACCGAUAUCUACUGGCGGAACCUGAUCCUCAUGCACCUUUCCGUCAGGAAUUCGAUGAAAGUUCCGACUGGGCGGGUAAACCGAUACCGGGAUGGUUGUAUCGCACUUCCGUCCCCGGUACUUGUUUGUUAGCAUUGCAUGACAGGGCGCCUCAGUUGAAAGUGUCAGAGGAUCGGUUAGCGGUGACUGGGGAAAAAGGAUACUCGACAGUUAGAGCCACACAUGCGGUGGCUAAGGGAUGUUGGUAUUGGGAGGCCACGAUCGAAGAGAUGCCUGAAGGCUCCGCCACACGUUUGGGUUGGGGACAGGAUUACGCAAAUCUGCAGGCGCCACUGGGCUAUGACAAGUUUGGAUAUUCGUGGCGGUCCCGCAAGGGCACCAGGUUCCACGAGUCAGCUGGUAAACAUUAUGGUUCUGGUUAUGGCGAGGGCGACACGCUUGGAUUUAUGAUUAUGCUACCGCAAGACACCAACACGCGUCUUGUGCCAAACACUUACAAAGACCGGCCUCUUGUCAAAUUUAAGAGUCAUUUGUAUUAUGAAGACAAGGACAAUGUUCAAGAACGUCUAAAGUCGUUGAAGUCUUUACCAGAAAGUAAAAUACUAUUUUUCAAAAAUGGAGAAUGUCAGGGUGUUGCUUUUGAGGGCGUGUACCAGGGUGUUUAUUAUCCGGCCUUAUCCAUACAUAAAAGUGCAACAGUCUCAGUUAAUUUUGGACCCAAUUUCAAAUUUCCACCUUCUUUAACUGAAUACAAUUAUAAGCCAAUGUCAGAGAAAGCAGAAGAGGCAAUCUGUGAACAAACGAUGGCAGACUUAAUUUAUUUGACAGAGAAUGAAGGGAAACUUCGAUUAGAUAGUUUUGUAUCAUGACAGUAAUAAAUGCUUUUUCUUUUA